GAGAGGCGGAGAUAUUACAAAAUAAGGAAGAAGGGCAGCAACUGGAACUCCAGGAUUAAGGGCUAAAACAAGAGAAAAAGGUUCUGUUUUAGGAAAAGAAGAAGUCAAUGUGUGAGCAGAUCUACAAUAAACUCCUGGUGUCUGGGGAUUGACCAAGUGCAAGGAAACCGGCGCUGAGCUGACACUUUCGUUUACAGAGAGCGAACUGCUGCACAUUGUCACCUGCAUGCAAAGAUGAAUAAUACCACAGCCAGCAUAUUUCCAACUACUGAGCCAAACAACUCAUUUACUAGUAUGAACGAGACACUUGGGCCAUCUACACUUUCCAGCCUCAUCAUGUCCUAUACCUCGGAUGCUCAAAAUGCUCCACAAAUGAGGGAUUCAAAUAACACCUCUGAGGACAAUGAACAAAUAUUCUUGACGACAGCUGCUGCUAAAGGCAUUUCGGGACUGUUUGUUUGGACUGCCCUGUUACUGACUUGCCACCAGAUCUACCUCCAUCUUAGAAACUACACUAUGCCCAACGAACAGCGCUACAUUAUCCGGAUCCUGUUUAUUGUGCCUAUAUACUCCUUCGACUCGUGGCUGAGCUUGUUACUGAUUGGCAAUGAUCAGUACUAUGUGUAUUUUGACUCUGUAAGGGAUUGUUAUGAAGCUUUUGUUAUAUAUAGUUUCCUCAGCCUCUGCUUUGAAUACCUUGGCGGGGAGAGUGCCAUUAUGACAGAGAUCCGAGGGAAGCCGAUAAGGUCCAGCUGUUAUUAUGGCACCUGCUGCCUACAGGGGAUGUCUUACUCCAUAGGAUUUCUGCGAUUCUGCAAACAGGCAACGCUGCAGUUCUGCAUUGUGAAGCCCAUUAUGGCCAUAGUUACAAUUAUUCUACAGGCAUUUGGAAAAUACCAUGAUGGAGACUUUAAUGCUCAGAGUGGUUACCUGUACAUUACCAUCAUCUACAACUUCUCAGUGAGCCUGGCUCUUUAUGCGCUCUUUCUCUUUUAUUUUGCAACCAAAGAACUUCUCCAACCAUUUGAACCAGUUCUUAAGUUCCUUACUAUCAAGGCUGUCAUUUUUCUGUCCUUCUGGCAAGGGAUGCUUCUGGCUAUACUGGAGCGAUGUGGUGCAAUUCCGGAAGUGCAGAACAUCAAUAACAACAUGGUGGGUGCUGGCACCGUGGCAGCAGGUUGCCAGAACUUCAUCAUCUGCAUCGAGAUGCUGUUUGCAGCCAUUGCCUUGCGUUACGCCUUCACGUGCCAAGUCUACCGGGAGAAGAAAGAAAACUCCACAGCAAACCUGGCUCCCAUGCAAAGCAUCUCCAGUGGACUGAAAGAGACCAUGAGUCCUCAUGACAUUGUCCAAGAUGCCAUCCACAACUUCUCCCCGACUUACCAGCAGUAUACGCAACAAUCCAUGCAAGACUCCGAGCACAAAGCAUACGGGGCGAAUGGGCACCCUGUCGCCAGUUCGAGUAACGGCGGACACUCAAACAAAAAGAAAAAGCAAAAUGAGAAAAUGAUGCUGAUCAUUUCAGAUGACGAACUCUAGAACACAACUAUUAUUUUUUUUUAACGGCCUUUAAAACGUUUACCUAGUCUUUAAAAAAAGCGAGUGGAUUUUGUAAAGGACCUUUGGAAUAACAGGGGAAUACUUCUCCACUGUAAAUAAUGUACUUAGCAGCUGUUGACAGUAAUUUAUCAUUGCACUCAACAAGACUCAAGUAAAGACAGAGGGACGACAUGAUAUUGACACGUUCUUCAGCCAAAAUUGGACUCUGCCUUCAUAUCAAUAAUUUAUUUCAUUGUGUUUAGUGUUUUACUACAUAGAAAUUGUGUUGUUUUUUUUUUUACAGCAAUUUCAAUUUGUGCCAAAAAAAAAAUGCAUUUUUGUAAAUUGCAUACUUUUUGUAUGAUUCGUAUGGAAACAUAACAGACGAUCUGCAUGGAAGGUCAAUGUCACCGCUGGAGUCAAAGCGAACAGUUCACAUUAAGAUGCUCCUCACACUUUCUCCAAUAGCAGAUGCAGAAUACUAAUGGGACAAUGCGUCAAAGUCAUUUCAUCUGAACUGGAACAAGCAGCCCGGCAUAUUACCGAUCAUUGGAGAGAGAUUCCAGCGGAAGCCUCACACAAAACAAUGUUUGUCUGGUGGAAUAUUUAUGUGUGGGGCAGCUUUUUUUUUUUAAUUCACCUGUAGAAAUCUUAAAAUACAGCAAAUAUGUUUCACUACA